AUGCUGUGGCUGUUCUGCCUGCUGUGUGUGUCAGCGCUGCGCUCAAACGCUGCGGUGCUGCGGUACGACGUGCAGACGUUGUACACCGGAGACAUGACGAAUCUUCCUGCUGAUCAUUGGGCGCAGUAUAACCCCGAUGCCUUUGACAAAGGUGCUCACUCCUUCGUCUCGAAGUAUGACGAUGCGCCAAGCUUUCAGGCGAUUGGCAUCGCCUCGCCCUUUUUCAGCCACGACUCGGUGUCGUGGCAUGUGUCUUCGAACGGCUUUCUUGCCCCAACGCCCGCUCCGCUGUGCCAGUUCUUCUGCACAGAGAUGGCGCUGGACACUCUGUUCGGCAACUACCGUUUCGGCGACACCGUGUACGGCGGCGGCGGCGAUUGGCCCAUGAUCGGGCUCUUCGUUUCGGAUUUGAGCCCCAACAGGGCGGAGGUGCUGUGGCCUGUGCGCUUAUUCCUCGUGCCGGGCGGCGACAAUGACGACAAUUCUGAGCCUCAACGGGUUAUUGUGGAGUUCCGGCAGGUCCCGGUGCUGCAUUGUGAGGACGAAAAUAACAAACUUACGGCGCAGGUGGAGGUGUGGGCGAACGGCACCAUCGUGAUGCGGUACAAGACACUGCCAACAUGCAGCCGCGCCUCUGUGGGUCUUGUGCUGUCCAAAGACGAGCGCAUCGUCGUGAGUACGAAUGCGCGUCACGACGGCAUCGCCGCUAUUCGGUACGAACCGCAGAUGGACACCUGCCCGGCGAUUGUGGGCGAGGAGGCGUGUAUGAGCAGAGGUGCCCAAUGUGAGUGGUGUGCGGCGACGCAGGUGUGUGUGGCGGUGACGCUCGCCCAAAACAGCUGCCCCCGCGGGAGCUUUAGCACCAAGUCGCCAUCGUCAGAGGCAGGUUUACCGGCGUUGAACAAUUACUACAAUGUGAUCAUUGAGCAGGAUGUUCCGCUUGUGAGUGAGGCGUCAUUGAAUAACAAGACUCAAACGUACGACGAAAAUGGACAGAAUGAGCUCGAACUCGGCUUCAAAUUCCCCUUUUACACCAAGGAUCAGGCCACGCACAUGACGAACAGAACAUAUAUCUCGACAUCUGGCUUUCUUUCGGUAUUUUCCAGUUAUCAAGGUUGCGGCCCCAUCUGGAAGGUAUGCCCAAAUGGUAACUAUAGCUUUGCCAUCAUGCCGUUUCUCACGGCACAGGACAUGGACAGUGAGUCUGUGGUGACAUACACUCAACUAGACGAACGCGUGACAAAUGGCUCGCUGUGCGAGAAUCCACCAUGUCCUCGGGGUUUUUUCUUGGAGGUGUGCGCAAUAAAGGCCGUGAAGCAGCCAAUGCGCUCCUACACGUACCAAGUUUACAUGGAUGAAAGCGGUGUUAUCGAAUUCCGCUACGGUUUACCCGUUUUGACAGAGAUCGCGACAAAUAACACCGCUUUGCCUUUCUUCGCAUACCCCACGCCCUUUAUUGGUCUCUUCCGCCACCGACUAGAGGACCCUGCUACUAUUAUGGUGCCAGUGACCCUCGUUCGAACCGGUACGCGAAUUCGCUUUGAACCAAAGAAUAUAUGUAAUGAUUGCGGGCUUGGAGGAUCAUGCGACGCCAGUUCAAAGCAAUGUGUGUGUGCUACGGGGUUCACCGGUGAGGCCUGCGAGCAGUGUGCCGCGGGAUACUUUGGCCCGAAAUGUCUGCCGUGCCGCACCUGUGAAAACAAUGGAACCUGCGAUCAUGGCACCAACGGAACUGGACGUUGCCAAUGCCCAGAACCCUUUAGCGGGGAAAGUUGCUCAGUGAGGUGUAACACAUCUUUUGACUGCAGCAACUGCAACCUUCACGGUGGGUACUGUGAGUGCGGUAUGUGCGUGUGUGAUACAGCGUCGGGGUGGAGUGGGCCGCAUUGCGACAUCCCGUUUGAUCCGUGUAUGCCGCACUCAUUCGGCGGCUGUCAGGUGUGCAACAAUGAUACGGUGAACAAGUGCGCCUUCUGCUUCGAUUACACAUGCUACUCAACUCUUCUCACGGGUACUGUAAAUGAAUACCCAUGUUCUUACACCACUGCUGGCGAGGAUACGGCGCUUUGUGUUCCAGUGAGGCAAAAACAGCGCGUCGCGGUAGACUUUGGCUUCAUCUCUCUGUUCGUCCUGUGCUUAUCCGCGGCGCUUUCCGUCAUCGUCAUUGUGGUGUUUACACGGAUUGGUAUGCGCGCAAGAGGCGUGUACGACAUACAUAGCAGUGGCGCUUCUGGUGGAGCACCAGACUACAGAGCAGGCCGUCGUGAGCGGUCAGUGGUGCAAGCCUUGUUUGUGCAGAAGGAGACGCUCAAAGACAGAAGAACGCACGUGCUCGGGAUACCGCUGAAACAGAUGCCGCUUGAAAAGUUGUAUGAAGCCCAAAGGGAGAGCCAAUCUAAGCGAAAGUAG